GCGGAAGCUUAUUUUUCAGACGGAAUGUAGUGGACGAUACACGCAUUCAGACGCUGAUGUUGAACCUGCUGAGGAUGUUUGACGUUGCAUUCAUCGUAUAUUGAUCCUGUUGUUCUCCAAAUUGAUAAUGUGAACUCGUCUUUGGUACCUUAUUGCUGCUAAACACAGAUCAAAUAUGAAUCGAACAGUCCAAAAAUCAUUGUUUUUCAUCGUGAAAUCAGUGCGGACAUCGCCAAGCAACUUUGCCGGUAAAUUAUAUGCAUGGCGUGGCCUUUCCACCACUCCUGACCCGCACACAAAGGUCUGCAUUGUAGGGGGCGGUCCGGCCGGUUUCUACACCGCCCAGCACAUCAUAAAGGGUUGCCCCGAUGUGCAGGUGGAUGUCUACGAGCGUCUCCCCGUCCCGUUUGGCCUCGUGCGCUUUGGGGUUGCCCCUGACCACCCGGAGGUCAAGAAUGUCAUAAACACCUUCACCCAGACGGCCCAGCACGAGCGCUGUCGUUUCCUUGGCAACGUCAAUGUAGGCAAGGACGUGAGUGUGGACGAACUGAGGCAGGUGUAUCAUGCAGUUGUGCUGGUGAGUGUGUUUGUGGGAGUGCAGUGGUGCUGGUGUGUGAGUGAAGAUGUGCUGGUACUCUGACUCCACCUCCUGUUCCUUGGGCUUCAGCCAGUGGAUGUGUGUGUGUGUGUGUGUUUGUGCUUGUCACUCUGACUCCGCCUCCUGUUCCUUGGGCUUCAGCCAGUGGAUGUGUGUGUUGGCGUUUGUGUUGCUGUUUGUGUUGCCUCGGCUUACCAUG